AUGCCACUAGAAGUCCAUCGCAUCACGUCGCCAGACGACUUGGAAACUUUCGCAAGAAUCCAGAUUCUUGCCUUCGCAAGUGGGGGCGGCAUAGCCUCUUUGCUCAGUCACGGACCCAUGACCGAGGAACACGUCAAGAAAUAUACAGAGAGGCAUGUCAAAUCCUGGCGCGAUGAGAAAGAUGUUUUCUAUCUCAAAGUGGUGGAUACGGAUGUCGACGGCGGCAAGAUGAUUGCUGGUGCAAAGUGGCGCAUCUCCGAGAAAGAGAAGACGGAAGAGGAGGCGCAAAAGAUGUACCCGACUCCUGAAGGAGACGAUCUGAACAACCAGGCGCUAGUAGAUUUCAUGGCCUUUUUGAAUAGGGCAAGGAAACAAUAUGUGAAUACCAAACCUAUUUGCUUCCUACAAAUCCUGGUAACAGAUCCGGAGCAUCACCGCAAAGGCGCAGGGUCUAUGUUGCUGAAAUGGGGUCUCAGCAAAGCUGACGAACUCGGUCUUCCGGGUUUCUUGGAGGCUUCGCCUAUGGGUAAGCCACUGUAUGAGAGGAUGGGGUUUAGGACUCAGGAAACUGUGGUAUUUGACUUGACGAAGUACGGGGCGGAGGGUGAGGACACAAACACGAUUAUGAUCAGGGAACCAUUACCAACCAAGGCGUAA